ACCAAUGUAAUAAACUACUCUCUCUCUCGGUCUCUCUCUGCCUUUCCAUGUCCAUCUCUCUCUCUCUCUCUCCAAUGGCCCUUAAGUUUAAAUUCUUCCUUUUUGUAUUAUGUCUCUCUCUGUGCUUCAACUCUUUUCAAGCUGCAACCACUACGAACCAGUCUCAGUUCUUCACUCUUAUGAAAAAGUCCCUCACAGGGAAGCCCAUGUCUAACUGGGAUGCUACAGGCGAGGAAGGUUACUGCAAUUACACUGGAAUUAGCUGCAACAUCCAAGGGUAUGUGACAAUGAUCGAUAUCUCUCACUGGUCCCUCUCUGGCCAGUUUCCUGCAGAUGUAUGCUCUUACCUACCAAAAUUGCAAGUCCUCCGUCUCAGCCACAACCAUAUCCAUGGGGACUUCCCCAACACCAUCGUCAACUGCUCUUUCUUGGAAGAACUUGACAUGAGUUAUAACCAUCUCACUGGAAAGCUUCCUGACUUCUCACCUAUGAUGCCACUCCGGGUGUUUGACAUGUCCGACAACUUCUUUACGGGUGAGUUCCCUGUGUCAGUAGGUAACCUCACCAAUCUCGAGGAACUGUACUGCAAUGAAAAUGAAGGUUUCAACGCAUGGAAACUGCCAGAUAGUAUGUUUCCCAAGUUGACAAAACUCAAAGCUAUGAUAUUGACAACAUGUAAAUUGAGUGGUAGGAUACCACCAUCGAUAGGGAACAUGACAUCCCUCACUAAUCUCCAACUGAGUGGGAAUUACCUCCCGGGUCAAAUUCCCAAGGAGAUUGGAUUGCUCAAGAACUUGAAGAUGCUUGAGCUUUACUACAACCGACUGGCUGGUGGAAUACCAGAGGAGCUCGGCAAUUUGACAGAGCUCACUGAUUUGGAUGUGUCAGUUAACCAUCUGAUUGGCAGGAUGCCAGAAUCUAUAUGCCGACUUCCCAAACUCCGAGUUCUGCAACUCUACAACAACUCCCUGACAGGAGAAAUACCAGCUGUACUUGGAAACUCAACGUCCUUAGCUCUGUUAUCACUUUAUGGCAAUAAUCUGGCAGGGGAAAUUCCACAAAAUUUUGGAGAGUCAUCACCUUUGGUUGCUUUUGACUUUUCAGAAAACCGCCUAUCGGGGCCACUGCCGGAAAAGGUUUGCCAGGGAGGUAAACUGCAGUAUUUUCUUGCCCUGGAAAAUAUUAUUUCUGGAGAGAUACCUGAGAAUUAUGCAAAAUGUGAGUCACUUAUACGGUUUCGAGUUAGCUAUAACCGUUUAAACGGCUCAAUACCUGAAGGAGUUUUUGGUCUUCCCCAUGUUUCAAUCAUUGAUUUGGGUUUCAAUCAUUUGAGUGGUCCAAUUGCAAAAACAAUAGGAAAUGCUAGAAACUUGUCAGAACUAUUCAUUCAGAGUAACAAGAUUUCAAGUGUUUUGCCACCUGAAAUCUCUCGAGCAAGUAAUCUAGUGAAGAUUGAUCUCAGUAAUAAUCUCCUGUCUGGUCCAGUGCCUUCUGAGAUAGGAAACCUAAAGAAACUGAACCUAUUGCUGUUGCAAGGAAACAGGUUAAAUUCUUCAAUCCCCGAGUCAUUUUCUUUGUUAAAAUCUCUCAAUGUUCUUGAUCUUUCUAACAACCUGUUGACGGGGAAUAUCCCAGAAGGUCUCUGUACAUUGCUACCCAAUUCUAUCAAUUUCUCAAAUAAUCUGCUUUAUGGCCCAAUUCCUCCCUCAUUGGUAAAGGAAGGGUUGAUAGAAAGCUUUGCAGGCAACCCGGGUCUCUGUGUUCCAGCAAAUCUUAAUUCACUGAAUCACAAUCUUCCCAUAUGUUCACAUACUGACAACCAAGGGAGGCUAAACUCUAUCUGGGUGAUCGGGUUUUCAGUAAUGAUUGUUGUGGUUGGAAUUUUUUUCCUAAAACGUUGGUUUAGUAAAAAAAGAGCUCUGUUGGAAAAUGAGGAGACCUUAUCCUCAUCAUUAUUCGCUUUUGAUGUAAAAAGCUUUCAUCGAUUAAGUUUCGAUGAACGUGAGGUCAUAGAAGCUAUGGUUGACAAGAAUGUGGUGGGGCGUGGAGGAUCUGGAACAGUGUAUAAAAUUGAGUUGAGCAACAGGGAAGUUGUUGCUGUUAAGAAGUUGUGGAGUCGAAAAAUGAAAGAUUCAACUCCCGAGGAUGAAUUGAUUUUAGACAAAGGAUUGAAAACCGAGGUUGAGACACUGGGAAGUAUAAGGCACAAGAACAUUGUCAAGUUGUACAGCUACUUCUCGAGUUUGGAUUGCAGUUUGUUGGUUUAUGAAUACAUGCCAAAUGGAAACCUUUGGGAUGCCCUUCACGGAGGAUGGGUUCUUUUGGACUGGCCCACCCGUCAUCAGAUCGCGCUCGGGAUAGCACAGGGUUUGGCUUACCUACACCAUGAUUUGCUGCCACCCAUCAUUCAUAGGGACAUCAAGUCAACCAAUAUUCUACUAGAUGCCAAUUACCAGCCCAAGGUUGCAGAUUUUGGCAUAGCUAAGGUCUUGCAAGCCAAAGGGGGGAAGGACUCCACCACUACUGCCAUUGCAGGAACUUACGGUUACCUGGCCCCUGAAUAUGCGUAUUCGGCCAAGGCAACAACCAAGUGUGAUGUGUAUAGCUUUGGGGUGGUAUUAAUGGAACUAAUAACUGGGAAGAAACCAGUGGAGACAGAAUUUGGAGAUAGCAAGAACAUUAUAUAUUGGAUUUCAAUCAAUGUGGAAACCAAGGAAGGAGUUGUGGAGGUUCUAGACAAACGACUAUCAGGGUCAUUCAGGGAUGGGAUGAUUCAGGUGCUUCGCAUUGCAAUGCACUGUACCUGUAGGACCCCAGCCCUUCGCCCAACAAUGAAUGAGGUCGUUCAACUGCUGAUAGAGGCAGACCCAUGCAAAAUGGAUUCUUACAAGUCAUCCAACAAGAACAAAGAAAAACCAAAUGCUCUUAAUACUACAUGAGGAAUUUGAUGGGGCUUGUUGUGGAAGUGAUACAGCAUCUACAUAUACAACAGUACUCUCUUAAGCUAUGAGAUACUUGUCAUAAAUAACAACUUAACCAAAUUUGGUUUCCACAGAAACAUAGAAGAUAAGCUCUGUAUGUUAUUUUUCCCCCUUUUUUAUGGCUCUGUAAGAAUUCGAACAACUUUAAUUAUCGCUAUAAGUGCUUUAUGGCAACGCACAGCAUCUAUAUUUCACA